AUGGAUGGAUCCAAUGGCGAUGUUCCACGAUACCCGUACUGGUUCAUUACGAGUUCUCAGAUGCCUGAUCUCCCGCCCGUCGCGCUGCAGGCGAAGCAAGCUUGCAUGCUCGAUGAGUGGUGUCGUUGGCAGAGACCCGAUUAUGAGGAGGUUGGGAAAUCACAUGUCGUCAACCUGGACUUUGAGGCCCGCGUCCCCGUCCCCUUCAGCAUCUUCCCAUCAACAUAUCGGGACCACGAAUCCCAGACCCAGACUACAACCACCACUCAGGUCCACGAGGAGGUUGACAUCAAGCCCCUACAGCCAAAAGCCGGACGGGAAGGUCAAUACUCUUCUUACUCCGCCGCCACCGCUGAAGUCGUCGUUCCUCCUCGCGAAGAGCAGCACUACAGCGAGGAAGAGAUCCGUAUCACGCGUGAAGAAGAACAGUACCGCCGUCCCGGUGUCCAGCAGCAGCAGCAGCAGCAGCAGCAUCAUCACCACCACGAGCAUUAUCAGACUGAGCAAUACGUCCGUGAGGAUCGCCGUCGACCUGAACCUGCUUCUCAAUACACCACUUCUCACACCCAAGUAGAGAUCGACACCCGUCAUCCUUACUACUCCACCCCCAUUGACAUCGCUGAGCGCCAAUACCGCGAGCGUUUCCGUCCCAGCAAGCCCGACUUCACUGCCGACCCCCCUUCCCGCCCCCAGUACCAGACCCAGGACACCUUCCAGGUCAACAACUACACCGUCGAAGGACGCCCCGCUCCCUCUCAGUACAAGAACACUGAGAAGACCGAGAUCAACAACUUCACCGUUGAAGCAUCAUCUCGCCCUCAGUACUCCUCUUUCGAGAAGACUACCGAGACCAACAACUUCACUGUCGAAGGCCGAGCUCCCCGCCAGCCUCAGUACAAGCAGUCCACUCAAGUCAACAAGUUCACCGUUGACACUCCUGUUUCUCGUCCCAGCUACCAGCAGGACGUGAAGAUCUCUGAAGAGACCGUCGAACCAGCAAAGUUUACUCGCCCCCAGAAGCCAAGCAAGAUGGGUUACUACGACGAGGACGGUCACUACCACUCCUUCCGUGCUGGAGCUCACAAGUUAGCAGACAAGAUCGCCCACCCCCGAGGCCAUGAGCGCGUUGAGGUCGACAUUGUCCGCACCGGAUCCCGCACCGGUGGCGAGCCUGAUGCUUGCCUCCCCAACACCGUCACCAUCCCCUGCCACCACAUCCGCCUCGGUGACUUCCUGAUGCUCCAGGGCCGCCCCUGCCAGGUCAUCCGCAUCUCCACCUCCUCUGCCACCGGCCAGUACCGCUACCUCGGUGUUGACCUCUUCACCAAGCAGCUUCACGAGGAGUCCUCUUUCAUCUCUAACCCUGCCCCCAGCGUUGUUGUCCAGACCAUGCUCGGCCCUGUCUUCAAGCAGUACCGUGUCCUCGACAUGCAGGAUGGCCUCAUCGUCGCCAUGACCGAGACCGGCGAUGUCAAGCAGGGUCUCCCCGUCAUUGACCAGUCCAACCUCUACACCCGCCUUAACGGUGCUUUCGAGUCCGGCCGUGGCAGCCUCCGUGUCCUCGUCCUCAACGACGGUGGCCGUGAGCUCGCUGUCGACAUGAAGGUCAUCCACGGCUCUCGUCUGUAA